AUGAGCAAAGAGGAAACUUCUGCUCGUACAAGACCUUUCAGUUUUGAUGAGAUAAUGCGUAGGAGGGAAAGCAAGAAAUCAUUGGGUGAUAAUAAUGAGGAGCCUGGAGGCGCGGGGAAUGUACCAGGAAACGACAUUGUCAAGAAGGUCUCUGAUCAUUCAGAAUCUGACAGAUGCAGACACAAUGAUUCUGUACCAAGUGGUACAAAGCAUGCUUCAGAGGAUUUUCUGAAAGUAAGUUCUAGGAAGGAAGAAGAUAACACUUGUAUCAAAGAGGGAAAAUUAGUUAGAGGUAAAGAUAAAGGAAGUCGUGACUCCAAAAGCAAAUCAAAGGCUACACCAAAAAAAAGUAUCAACGGUCAUGAAGGCAAGGGAGGUAAGCUUGGUGGAAGAAUUCACGGCAACAGGAAAAAUGAUGAAUUAUCAAGCGAGGAUGUUGAAAAUGAAUCUGAAAAAAGACAUUCUAUAUAUUUGGCAGACAAGGAGAGAUAUGCAGAUAAAAGGAGAGGAAAAUCUGUAAAAGAAAGAAAAUAUGAACAACAAAAUAAUGAUGAGAGAUAUGCAGAUAAAAGGAGAGGAAAAUUUGAAAAAGAAAGAAAAUAUGAACAACAAAAUAAUGAUGAUGAUAGACGCAUACAUGGUAAGAGGAAAAAUGAUAAGUGGUCAGGUGAAGAUUCUGACAAGGAAUCUGAGAAGAGACAUUCCAGAUAUUUGGGAGAUAAGGACAGAUACUCAGACAGAAAUAGAGGUAAAUCUGAAAAAGAAAGCAAAAGGAAACAUUACAAUGAAGAUGAACAUAGAACUGGAGAGAGAGAUGCUGGUAAAAAACAUAAUUCAGGGAACUGGCAUAAUUCAAAAUUUUCUGAGAGAAAGGAGAAGAAAGAAACAUCACAGGCCCACAAACGUACAUCUUAUGAUGUGCGAGAGCAUGGAGACCUGCCCUUGCAUCCUUCUAAAGAUAGGUUGGGAAUAUCACAUUCUGAUGUUGAUCGGAAGAGGAUCUCCAGUAAUGGUUCAAGUAGUCACUAUCAACGAUAUGGUGGUUCUGCAAGUAGGCUUGGCGGCUAUUCACCGAGGAAGAGAAAAACUGAGGCUGCUGUUAAGACUCCUUCCCCAACCAAACGUUCCCCAGAGAAGAGAACUGUUGGUUGGGAUUGCCAACCUACAGGAACAGAAAGGGAAGUUACUGGUUCCGUUCGUUCUAAUUUGAAGUCUUCAAUUGAAAUUGCACCAUCCAGCACACUUCAAUUGCCCGGUGUGGUUCCUGUCACUUCCAUUGCGAAGAAUCCUGUUGGCAUACUUUUAAAUGCUUCAUCUUCACAGAUGAAUGCCUCCAUAGAUUCCAUUCAGCUAACACAAGCAACGCGGCCUAUGAGGAGGCUUUAUGUAGAAAACUUGCCAGCUUCAGCCUCUGAGAAAGCUGUUAUGGAAUGCCUUAAUAAUUUUCUGCUAUAUUCAGGUGUCAGUCAACCCCAUCGAACCCAACCAUGUAUCAGUUGUAUUAUACACAAGGAAAGGGGUCAAGCUCUUGUGGAGUUUCUUACACCUGAGGAUGCUUCUGCUGCUCUUUCUUUUGAUGGAAGAUAUUUCUCUGGAUCCAUUCUUAAAGUCAGACGCCCCAAAGACUUCAUUGAAGUGACUGCUGAUGCCCUAAUCGACAUUUUGAGAUUAUCUGUGAGAUUGAAAACGAUGCUGCCCUCUAUGGCCAAUAUUAGGACACCAAAGCAUUAUAUGUUCAGUCUGGAUCUGUUUAGGAAGGCCUGUAAGCCUACCCAUGCUGUUAAGGGGCUGCAUUUCUGGGGGUCUGAGGUGGACCACCAAAAAAAAGAGGAAGAAGAAAGUAAAGUGUCCAAGGACAGUAACAACUUUGAUGGUGCAAUCAGUUUUAUGAACAUCAAGGCAAGGAUGUGUGUAAAAGGAAAGGAAGAAGAAGAAUCCAGGAAUUCCGCCUAG